UUUCCGUGUGGGCGUACCCCGCGGAGCGGGACUGCUGGCUUAUUCGCAGCGGUCAUUUUGGCUGCCCUCCGUUCCGCUCUCUCCGUCAGCCGCUCUGGUGCGCCGCAUCAGGACCGAAGUGACGGACAAUGAAGGCGCGAGAGUCAGGUCUGAGAGUCGGGGGCAGAGCCGCCCGCGAGGCCGGCCUUGGGAUAGCGGUGCUCGGGUUCCCGCCCGGUCGCCCGCAGCGUCCGGUCCAGUUCCGCCCGCCGACCCGGAUGGCGACUGCACUGACGGACCCAGCUCCGGGAAGUGUGACCUUUGAAGAUGUGGCUGUGUACUUCUCCUGGGAGGAAUGGGAUCUCCUUGAUGAGACUCAGAAACACCUGUACUUCGAUGUGAUGUUGGAGAACUUUGUACUUACGUCCUCCAUGGGUUAUUGGCGUGGAUUGGAGCAUGAGGAAGCACCUUCCUCAUCAGUGGGUACAGACAUUCUACAGAGAAUUUCUGUAAAAGGAGUGCCACAGUUCAGAACUUCAGAAGGUUCAUCUUCUCAGAAUGCCUACUCCUGUGAGAUAUGUGGCUUGGUCUUGAGAGAUAUUUUGCACUUGGCUGAACACCAAGGAACAAAUUGUAGGCAGAAACUACACACAUGUGGAGAACAAUUCUACAUCAGUGCAAAUCUUCAGCAGCACCAGAGGCAGCACAUUAAAGAAGCACCUUUCAGAAGUUAUGUGGACACAGCCUCAUUUACAAAGAGCUGCACAGUCCAUGUGUCAGAGAAGCCCUUCACCUGCAGGGAGAUUGAGAAAGGCUUCCUGGCCAACAUGAGGUUUCUCCAUCAAGAGGCUGCUCAAACAGUGGAGAAGCCAAAUAACAUUAACAAGUGUGGGGUGGCCUUUUACAGUGGAAAAAGUCAUCACAACUGGAGAAAAUGCAAUAAAGCCUUUAGCCACACAGACACACUUGUUCAGGACCAGAGAAUCUUCACUAGAGAAGGGCUUUUUGAGUGCAACAAAUGUGGGAAAGCAUGUACACGAAGAUGUAACCUUAUUCAGCACCAGAAAGUCCACAGUGAAGAAAGGCCUUAUGAAUGCAAUGAAUGUGGAAAAUUCUUUACCUACUACUCCAGUUUCAUUAUACAUCAGAGAGUUCACACAGGAGAAAGGCCUUUUGAGUGCCCUGAAUGUGGGAAAUCCUUUAGUCAGAUCUAUAGCCUCAAUAGCCAUAGGAAAGUUCACACUGGAGAAAGGCCUUAUGAAUGUGGGGAAUGUGGGAAAUCUUUUAGCCAAAGGUCUAACCUCAUGCAGCAUCGCAGAGUUCACACUGGUGAAAGGCCUUAUGAAUGCAGCGAAUGUGGGAAAUCUUUUAGCCAAAACUUCAGCCUCAUUUACCACCAGAGAGUUCACACUGGAGAAAGGCCUCAUGAGUGCAAUGAAUGUGGAAAAUCCUUUAGUCGAAGCUCCAGUCUCAUUCACCACCGGAGACUUCACACUGGAGAAAGACCCUAUGAAUGCAGUAAAUGUGGGAAAUCAUUUAAGCAAAGCUCCAGCUUCAGUUCACAUCGGAAAGUCCACACAGGGGAAAGGCCUUAUGUGUGUGGGGAAUGUGGGAAAUCCUUUAGCCAUAGUUCCAACCUUAAGAACCACCAGAGAGUUCACACUGGAGAAAGGCCUGUCGAGUGCAGUGAAUGUAGCAAAUCCUUUAGCUGUAAAUCUAACCUCAUUAAACACCUGAGAGUUCACACUGGAGAAAGGCCUUAUGAGUGCAGUGAAUGUGGGAAAUCCUUUAGCCAAAGUUCUAGCCUCAUUCAACACCGGAGAGUACACACUGGAAAAAGGCCUUAUCAGUGCAGUGAAUGUGGGAAAUCCUUUGGUUGCAAAUCUGUUCUCAUUCAACACCAGAGAGUUCACACUGGAGAAACGCCUUAGCUGUACGGAGAAUAUGCAGUUUUCUUUUAGUGUAAUUAUACUGGAGGAGUACACCUAUUUUUUGACGGAAACAUGUACCUGAAUUGGAAGCCCCAACAUCUGAAGAUACACAGUGGGCAGAUUCCCCUUAAGUUCCAGGUAGGUGUUACACUUUCUAACGUGCCAUUUAGAAAGUGUUACACUUUC